AUCAGAUAGCGCACAGCAAAAAAAACCUUAUAAGGCACGUAAUCAAAUGAUAGUUUGAAUAUAGCCAGAUGAAAUGGAUACAGUGGCAUUCAAACGCUUGUAACGAGUGUUAAUACCAAAAUGAGUUUACAAUUAAUAUUAAGCUGGAGUCAAGAAAGCUGAACAUUUAAGAAGAAGAACAAAACGAUCGGAUUUAAAUUUUCAUAAUAUUGCUCUGCGUGAAAAAAAAAAUGGAUACAAUAACAUUUUACACCAAUUGUUUAUAACCAGAAAAUUGACUACAUGAAGUGAAAAUUAACAGAUAUCUUGUGUGUAAAAAGCUAAAUAAUCAAAGAAAGCCAUGUCGGACUCAUUUUUCAUAACAUUGAUCUGCUCGUUAUUGGCUAUUGGUCAAUGUCAGUACAUGGAUUCGCCAAAUAUGUCAUGUGGAAUUCCUAAAAAUUCCAGAAAAUCAAGAUGCGGAACGAAUAACGCAUGCUGGUGUUUCUAUUCAUCUAUACUGGCUGUAGAUUGUUCUGGCUCAAAUCUUGAUAAAGUUCCGCAAGGAUUACCAGCAAAGAUUGCCAUAUUCAUUUUGCGGAACAAUUCAAUAAAUACCACUGAAAACAUCUCGUACGAUCAUUUCACAAUUCUAACUUGCUUGGAUUUGUCAUCGAACAAGAUUGGGACAAUACAGGAUGGUUCCUUUAACAACAGUCUAUAUCUACGAACACUCCUUUUAAGUGAAAACAAUAUCACGUAUUUUGGCAAAGGCGUGCUUUCAACCCACAAUAAGUUAGAAACACUGGAUGUUAGAAGGAAUUCAAGGAAAUCUAAAACGAGUUAUCCAUGUAAAAUCCAACAAGAGACACAAAAGGCUACAAAUCUUCAAGGGUUGUUAAUAGAUGGAUCUCCAUGUACAGCGAACCUCAGCUUUUCACACCUUACAUCGCUUAUUCUAGGAGGAGACGAAACAUUGUGUAAUAUAAACACUAUUCGAUCAAGUAUGUUCACUCAGCUACCAAGUCUCCGCAAACUGCAGCUACGCAAUUGUCAAAUCCGAAGGGUCGAGAAUGGUAGUUUCUCUAAUCUGAAAAAUUUACGCUUUCUUGAUUUGUCCUCAAACCCUUAUCUUACGUUUUCAGCGAUGCCAAAUUUCACAUUUGGAUUGAUUCCCACCAACAUAAGUUUUCUGAAUAUCUCAAACUUGCACACAACCUUUGGUAACUGCACCAUAUUAACGGCAUCAGAUCUUGAAUACCUCUCAAAAACAAACAUCGAACAUUUGUAUCUCGAUUCCAAUCGAAUCAGCAACAUGGAAAUAGAGGCAGUUCGGUUUAUUCCAAGGCAUUUGAAGACGUUAUCACUGGUUGACAACAAAUUAGCUCUAGGACAUUACGUGGUUCAGAUUUUCGUCAAUAUUGUAACUAAAGAACUAUUUUCUGAUUUGGAAACAAUUUGGUUUUCGCACCGACACAAAAACCAUCAGUUUAGAUUUUUUUAUUUAGUGAACGACGUGUUCCAACGUAAGCUGUCCCACAAUGCAAACAUCACAAAAAGGGCGAUGUUAUAUUCGGACCCAAAGCGAUCUUCAAGAACACGAUUUUUGCGCUCGAUUACGGAUAACAAUGCUAGAAAACUGAACAAUGAAUCCUUUAAAGACGACCUAUUGGACGAUUUUACUUCAUCUAUUGAUUUCCACAUCAGGAAUGGUCUAUGCGAUAAUUGUCGAAAUGUUUCAAAUUCAAUCGAAAAGAUACCUCUUCCGGCGGCCGUGCGACAUGUGGAUGCAAAAGAUCUUAAAGUACGUACAACAAUACGCAGCUAUUGUUUUUGUCAGCCAAAUAAUAUCCAGAUCGUAAAUCUUUCUACCAACGUUUUACAUACUUGGAACGGACCAAUAUUAGGUCUAGAUAAACUGAAAGAAUUGCAUUUGGACGACAACUCUUGUUCUGAAAUUGCCCUAAAUGCAUUUCACAACAUGGCCAAUCUAGAAAUUCUGAAUAUUGCUCAGAAUUAUUUAGGUUAUGUUUUUACAAAUGACAAUGAGGGUAUCUUAUUAAGUAGACUCGAAAAAUUAAAGUACUUGGAUCUUUCUUCAAACAAGAUCAAACAACUUCCAACGGGAGUGUUUAUUGGACUUGUGGGCCUUGAACAGUUGCUUUUGCGAGACAACAAUCUCAAAAGCGUCUCAUUUGAGGCCAACCAUAUGCAACAUCUUAAAUUUAUUGACCUUACUUUGAAUAUGAUCAAAACAAUAAGUCCUGACACCCUAACGCUUUUUACCAAAGUGAUUGUCGCUAACAAUUUUUCUAUUGCAUUGAAAAACAACAGCUUCUCUUGUACUUGCAAAUAUGUUUAUUUGGUAAAAUGGUUCUCUGAGACCAGGGUCACAGCUUUUCAGGAACUGAACCAGUACAAAUGCACAUUCGAUAAUGGAUCGAAAGGAUAUCUUUCUAAUGCACACCAGAUAUACAAAACACUGAACAAACAAUGUGCCAAUUAUUUGCCCUUGAUUGUUUCCACGAGUAUUUCGCUCUUCAUCAUACUCGUCAUCAUUACAUGCAGCUUCGUUUACAGAUUUAGAUGGGACUUACGGUACAUAUACUAUUCGGCAAAAUACCGUUUCAAGGGCUAUGCUUCAGUCAACCAUGAAUCCGGCGACUACGAGUUUGAUGCAUUUGUGUCCUAUGCCGAGAAAGAUGCCGUCUUUGUCCACCAAAGGCUUGCUCCCGAGUUAGAAUCAAACCGAGGCUUACGUCUGUUGGUCCACGACAGAGAUUUUUUGGCCGGAAAUAUGGUAAAUGAAAAUAUUAUCCACGCAAUAACCAGUAGCCGAAAAACGCUCAUCAUCAUGUCACCAAACUUCCUGGCCAGCAGUUGGUGCGUGUACGAAAUGAACAUGGCUCGCAUGGAAACCAUUAAAACCGGAAGGGACGUUUUGUGCGUGGUACUCAAAGAGAAUGUGCAAACGAAUGGCCUUCCCUUGGAAAUUUUGGACGUGUUCCGCGAAAGGACCUACUUGGAACUACCGGUCGAAGGAGGUGACUUGGAGGAUCAAUUUUGGGACAGGCUAGCAGACGCUGUUUGUCAAUAGUUGUAUUUUGAUUAUUAUUGUUGUGUAUACAAUAUAUAGUUGGCAAUAUUCCUAACGCGCCAUCUGUUGAUACUUGUUGGUGGAAGCUGGCAAGGUUGUUGACAUAUAUGUGGGCGGUGAAGCAUGAAUGAAGGUUAUCCUAGUAAAGUGUUUUCAAUCAAAAAAAGAAAAAAAAGUGAUGCAUAGCAUCAAGUCGGUGCGAUAACAAUAAAAGAACAAAAAAACAUGCAUGUCGAUCACCAAAAAGUUGUUAUUUACUUCAAUGAUAAAAUGUUAAUUAAACAUCUGUAAAACAUCAUUGUAGAUCAUACUGCAACAAUCGUAUCUGUUUUCGGGAAUACACUUUACUGUUAUGAGUAAAUUGAACGGGGAUACAAAAAAGACAUUGUUUGGAAAUAUUCUGGAAUUUAUCUUUUGAAUGACAUUUGCAAAACAAACAAUUAAGCUGAAUGGUCGCCAAGGGGAUUACUGCCUAGGAGAUUGCGGUACAUAUAGGAAAUUACCGAGUAACCUUCACAUAUUCGGGGAAACGUUCGUAUUUAAAAUCAUUUAAAUACAUAAAUUCUGGGGCGUUAUAAUUGAAGACUUCGUUAUCAAUUAAAGAAUAUAUUUUUUAAACACACUGUACCGCACAUUUUACAGUACAACGAGGAAAAUAAAAAAUAAAAAAAAACAACAACAAAAAACCUUAUUCUGUCAUUCAUGACCUGGUAUUAAGUUCAAGUUACAUUUUAGACAUCAUCAAAUAUAGUCGGCGCCCUCUCAGGCUUAUAAUAAUAAAGACUAAACGAAAUGGAGAAAAUUGCACUUUUCAAUUUUCUUUGUAUUUAAUUUGAGAUACAGACUCCGCUAAUAAAUCAUUAAUUAUGGUAACUUACUGGAUACAUCGUGUAAGGUGAAAUAUUAUAUAUUCAAUUAUAUACAAUAUUCAAAUAAAAACGGAAAGGACCGAUUUUUUAUGACUUGUUUUAAACAACAACAACAACAACAAAAUAACAACAACAACAACAACAACAACAACAACAACGCAAGAAUCUGGUAUAUGUACUGCGUUCUUGAUGUAACAGUCACGAUGAACAUUAUACAUCAAAAUUGCUGUAUAUUCAUAGUGUUAAGAUGUGUGUGUUGUUCAUGUGGUUUCUCUUUAUGUAGUUGAUCGAAUUAAAAUGUUAUAUACAUAAUAAAGUGAUUAGUAUU